AUGCGCGGCGUCGGCUGGCAGGCACUGCCCCUGUCGCUGGGGUUGGUGCUGGCGAUCCUGAGUGAGGUGGCGCCGCAGGCGUGCCCGGCGCAGUGCUCCUGCUCCGGCAGCACGGUGGACUGUCACGGGCUGGCGCUGCGCAGCGUGCCCAGGAACAUUCCCCGCAACACCGAGAGACUGGAUUUGAAUGGAAAUAACAUCACGCGGAUUACGAAGACAGACUUUGCUGGCCUUAGACAUCUGAGAGUUCUUCAGCUUAUGGAGAAUAAGAUUAGCACCAUUGAAAGAGGAGCAUUCCAGGAUCUGAAAGAACUGGAAAGACUGCGUUUAAACAAAAAUCACCUUCAGCUGUUUCCUGAGUUGCUGUUUCUUGGGACUGCGAAGCUAUACAGGCUUGACCUCAGUGAAAAUCAAAUCCAGGCAAUUCCAAGGAAGGCUUUCCGUGGAGCAGUUGACAUUAAGAAUUUGCAGCUGGAUUACAACCAGAUCAGCUGUAUUGAAGAUGGGGCAUUUAGGGCUCUCCGGGACCUGGAAGUGCUCACUCUCAACAAUAACAACAUUACUAGACUUUCUGUGGCAAGUUUCAACCAUAUGCCCAAACUUAGGACUUUUCGACUCCAUUCGAACAACCUGUAUUGUGACUGCCACCUGGCCUGGCUUUCCGACUGGCUUCGCCAAAGACCUCGCGUGGGCUUGUACACUCAGUGCAUGGGCCCUUCCCACCUGAGGGGCCAUAACGUAGCUGAGGUUCAAAAACGAGAAUUUGUCUGCAGCGGUCACCAGUCAUUUAUGGCUCCUUCUUGUAGUGUUUUACACUGCCCUACCGCCUGCACCUGUAGCAACAAUAUUGUAGACUGUCGUGGGAAAGGACUCACUGAGAUCCCCACAAACCUGCCGGAGACCAUCACAGAAAUACGUUUGGAACAGAAUGCAAUCAAGGUCAUCCCUCCUGGAGCUUUCUCACCAUACAAGAAGCUUAGAAGAAUCGACCUGAGCAAUAAUCAGAUCUCUGAACUCGCGCCAGAUGCUUUCCAAGGACUGCGCUCUCUGAAUUCACUUGUCCUGUAUGGAAAUAAGAUUACAGAACUCCCUAAAAGUUUAUUUGAAGGACUCUUUUCCUUACAGCUACUAUUAUUGAAUGCCAACAAGAUAAACUGCCUUCGGGUAGAUGCUUUUCAGGAUCUCCACAACUUGAACCUUCUCUCCUUGUAUGACAACAAGCUUCAGACCAUCGCCAAGGGGACAUUUUCUCCUCUCCGGGCCAUUCAAACCAUGCAUUUGGCCCAGAACCCCUUCAUUUGUGACUGCCAUCUGAAGUGGCUGGCGGAUUAUCUCCAUACCAACCCCAUUGAGACCAGUGGUGCCCGCUGCACCAGCCCCCGCCGUCUGGCGAACAAAAGAAUCGGACAGAUCAAAAGCAAGAAAUUCCGUUGUUCAGCUAAAGAACAGUAUUUCAUUCCAGGUACAGAAGAUUACCGAUCAAAAUUAAGUGGAGACUGCUUUGCAGACUUGGCCUGCCCUGAAAAGUGCCGCUGUGAGGGGACCACAGUAGACUGCUCCAAUCAAAAGCUCAGCAAAAUCCCAGACCACAUCCCCCAGUACACUGCAGAGCUGCGUCUCAAUAAUAAUGAAUUCACAGUGUUGGAAGCUACAGGAAUCUUUAAGAAACUGCCUCAAUUACGAAAAAUCAACUUCAGCAACAAUAAGAUCACAGAUAUCGAGGAAGGAGCCUUUGAAGGCGCUUCUGGUGUAAAUGAAAUACUUCUCACAAGUAAUCGUCUGGAAAACGUCCAGCAUAAGAUGUUCAAGGGAUUGGAAAGCCUCAAAACCCUGAUGUUGAGAAGUAAUCGAAUAAGCUGUGUUGGGAAUGACAGUUUUAUAGGACUUGGUUCUGUGCGUUUGCUUUCUUUAUAUGAUAAUCAGAUUACUACUAUUGCACCAGGGGCAUUUGAUACCCUUCAUUCUUUAUCUACUCUAAACCUCUUGGCCAAUCCUUUUAACUGUAACUGCCACCUGGCUUGGCUGGGAGAGUGGCUCCGGAAAAAGCGAAUUGUCACAGGAAAUCCUCGAUGCCAAAAGCCGUACUUCCUCAAAGAAAUCCCCAUCCAGGACGUGGCCAUUCAGGACUUCACUUGUGACGACGGAAAUGAUGACAAUAGUUGCUCCCCACUUUCUCGCUGUCCUACGGAGUGUACUUGUCUGGAUACAGUAGUCCGAUGUAGCAACAAGGGCCUGAAAAUCUUGCCGAAAGGAAUUCCAAGAGAUGUCACAGAGUUAUAUCUGGAUGGGAACCAAUUUACUCUCCUUCCCAAGGAACUCUCCAACUACAAACAUUUAACACUUAUAGACCUGAGUAACAACAGAAUAAGCACCCUUUCAAAUCAGAGCUUCAGCAACAUGACCCAGCUCCUGACUCUAAUUCUUAGUUAUAACCGUCUGAGAUGUAUUCCUCCUCGAACCUUCGAUGGAUUGAAGUCUCUUCGGUUACUUUCUCUACACGGCAAUGACAUUUCUGUUGUGCCUGAAGGUGCCUUCAAUGAUCUUUCUGCACUAUCACACCUAGCGAUUGGAGCCAAUCCUCUUUACUGUGAUUGUAACAUGCAGUGGUUGUCCGACUGGGUGAAGUCGGAAUAUAAGGAACCCGGAAUUGCUCGCUGUGCUGGUCCUGGAGAAAUGGCAGAUAAACUGUUACUCACAACUCCCUCCAAAAAAUUUGCGUGUCAAGGUCCUGUCGAUGUCAGUAUUCUUGCUAAAUGUAAUCCCUGCUUAUCCAAUCCAUGCAAAAAUGAUGGCACCUGUAACAAUGAUCCUGUUGACUUUUAUCGAUGCACCUGUCCAUAUGGUUUCAAGGGGCAAGACUGUGACAUUCCGAUUCAUGCUUGCAUCAGUAACCCGUGUAAACAUGGAGGAACUUGCCACUUAAAAGAAGGAGAAAAAGAUGGGUUCUGGUGUAUUUGUGCAGAUGGAUUUGAAGGGGAAAAUUGUGAAGUCAAUGUUGAUGAUUGUGAAGAUAAUGACUGUGAAAAUAAUUCUACCUGUGUCGAUGGAAUUAAUAACUAUACCUGCCUGUGCCCACCUGAGUUCACAGGCGAGCUUUGUGAAGAAAAGCUUGACUUCUGUGCCCAGGACCUGAACCCCUGCCAGCAUGACUCGAAGUGUAUCCUGACACCGAAAGGCUUCAAGUGUGACUGCACUCCAGGAUACAUAGGCGAGCACUGUGACAUUGACUUUGAUGACUGCCAGGACAACAAGUGUAAAAACGGCGCCCACUGCACGGAUGCAGUGAAUGGUUACACAUGCACCUGCCCUGAUGGUUACAGUGGCUUGUUCUGUGAGUUUUCUCCACCCAUGGUCCUCCCUCGUACCAGCCCCUGUGAUAAUUUUGAUUGUCAGAAUGGAGCACAGUGCAUCAUCAGGAUAAAUGAGCCCAUAUGUCAAUGUUUGCCUGGUUACCAGGGAGAGAAAUGUGAAAAAUUGGUCAGUGUGAAUUUUGUGAACAAAGAGUCUUAUCUUCAGAUCCCUUCAGCCAAGGUGCGGCCUCAGACAAACAUCACACUCCAGAUAGCCACAGAUGAAGACAGUGGCAUCCUCCUGUACAAAGGUGACAAAGACCAUAUCGCCGUUGAACUGUACCGGGGUCGUGUCCGUGCCAGCUACGACACUGGCUCUCACCCGGCUUCUGCCAUUUACAGUGUGGAGACGAUCAAUGAUGGGAACUUCCACAUUGUGGAGCUGCUUGCCCUGGAUCAGAGUCUCUCCCUUUCUGUGGAUGGCGGAAGCCCCAAAGUCAUCACCAACUUGUCAAAGCAGUCCACUCUGAAUUUUGACUCCCCCCUCUAUGUAGGAGGCAUGCCCGGGAAGAAUAAUGUGGCAUCACUACGUCAGGCCCCUGGACAGAAUGGCACCAGCUUCCACGGCUGCAUCCGGAACCUGUACAUCAACAGUGAGCUGCAAGACUUCCGGAAGGUGCCCAUGCAGACAGGCAUCCUGCCUGGCUGUGAGCCAUGCCACAAGAAGGUGUGUGCCCAUGGCACGUGCAGGCCCGGCAGUCAGUCAGGCUUCUCCUGCGAGUGUGAGGAAGGAUGGACGGGGCCCCUCUGUGACCAGCGGACCAAUGACCCUUGUGUUGGAAAUAAAUGUGUGCACGGCACCUGCUUGCCCAUCAAUGCAUUUUCCUACAGCUGUAAGUGCCUGGAGGGUCAUGGAGGAGUCCUCUGUGAUGAGGAGGAAGAUUUGUUCAACCCCUGCCAGGCGAUCAAGUGCAAGCACGGCAAGUGCAGGCUCUCUGGACUCGGGCAGCCCUACUGUGAGUGCAGCAGCGGCUACGUCGGCGACAGCUGUGAUCGAGAAAUCUCCUGUCGAGGGGAGCGAGUAAGAGAUUACUACCAGAAGCAGCAGGGCUAUGCUGCCUGCCAGACAACCAAGAAAGUCUCCCGUUUGGAAUGCAAAGGCGGGUGCGCUGGAGGCCAGUGCUGCGCACCACUGCGAAGCAAGCGGCGGAAAUACUCUUUCGAAUGCACAGAUGGGUCCUCGUUUGUGGACGAGGUUGAGAAGGUGGUGAAAUGCGGCUGCACGAGGUGUGCAUCCUAAACGCAUCCCCGGCAGCUCCCAUCUUUGGGAAAGGUUGUACGCUUCUUGACCGUGUUGGACUCAUUCAUGCCUCAUAGUGGAAAUAUUUGAAAUAUAUUGUAAAAUACAGAACGGACUUAUUUUUAUUAUGAGAAUAAAGAUUUUUUUCUGCCUUUGGAAAAAACACUAAAAGACAUGCUUGAACUGAAGCUUCUUCCCCGGUGCUGGAGAAGUGUGAAGAAAGCUAUCGCCGGCGGCUUUAGAACAGUGGUGGGAUGCAUGGCCACCCGGACCCUGCUUGUCGCUCACGCAAGACUUGCAGAAGCACAGGCACAAGGCACAGGGCAGCGACUGUGCACUGAUGCAAAAUCGCCCAGAGCAUCAAACACGUGUCCCCUGCUCUCAUCAAGGCAGUUUCCCAAGCGCGGGUGUGUGCACGGUGAUGUUGGGCAGAGGGAUGGAACUCCAGAGUUCAUAGAUAGGGUGAAAGGAUGAGAAAUAUUUUGUGCAAAAUACAAACUGUUCUGAAGAUCUAGUUUCCUUUCAUGAAAGGAAAUGGGAGUGGAGGGCUAGAAUACAGUUUAUUUUCUUUUCAAACGUCAGCAUGUCUUCAGAAACAGCACACAAAAGUGUUUAUCUACCAUUUUCCAGUAUUAAUUUUUGUAAUAUAAAUGAUA